CUUUGCGUUCGCCGCGCAGUCGGUGCUUGCGCCAAUGGCCGGCUUCAGCGUCGUGUGGAACAUUGUCUUGGCGCCGUACAUCCUCAAGGAAACGCUGUCGCCGCAGGUGCUGCACGGGUCGCUCCUCAUCAUCAUCGGGUGCGCGAUCGUCGGCCUCUCGGGCAGCCACAUUUCGCCGACGCACACGCCGGAAGAACUCUUCUCGCUCUUUAGCGAGCUCGCGUUCAUCGUCUACGCCAUCAUUUCGAUCGUGCUCAUGAUCAUGCUGGCCUACGUCAUCCAAACGUACCCGGCGCACAGCUCGUGGCGCCGCUUUGCAUUUGGCGCGCUCUCGGGCCUCAUUGGCGGCAACCUCUUCUUCACCAAGACGGCGGUCGAACUCAUUGGGAAGGGCAGCGAGAUAUGGGCGUGUACCGAGACGUACUUUAUCGUGGUGUUUGCACUGGGCUGCCCUGCGCUUGGCAUUUACGUUCUAAACCUGGGCCUGAAAGAGUACGAUGCGUUGCACAUCGUUGCUAUCUACGAGUCGUUCCUGAUCCUCUGCGGUUCAAUCUCGGGCGUCAUCUUCUUCCACGAAGACGAAGGCAUGCAAGAGUGGUGGCAGCAGGUGCUGUACCCGAUCAGCAUCGUCACCACGAUCGCAGGUGUCGUGGUUCUCUCCAAGCAGUCGAGCCCGGACAGCCCGAUUGGCGAGACGGCGCCUCUCAUGCACAGCGCCAAGCCCGUCAAGCUUGUCGUCCAGUCCGUCUAGAUAGUACAGCAUAGUACGUACAGAUAAGCACGCCAAACGAACCAUCACAUCUUUCACGCUG